AUGACUGAAGGAAGUCCUAACGACAGGCAACUUGAUAAGACACCCACUUGGGCAGUUGCUUUUGUCUGUGCAGUCAUGAUUCUAGUUUCUAUAUUGCUGGAGAAAGCUAUUCAUGGAAUCGGAGAGAAAGUAGCAAGUAAUGUUCUAAGUUGGUGGGGCACCCUGAAUUGGUUUGGCAUGGAGCAAGUUGGAGGCAGCUUUUGGUUUCACAAAAAAAACAAGAAACCUUUGUUUGAAGCUCUCGAGAAGAUCAAAGGCGAGCUUAUGGUUCUAGGAUUCAUAUCCUUACUUCUAACAUUCGGGCAGAAUUACAUUACCAAAUUAUGUAUUCCCUUAAAGUUAGCAAACACCAUGUUGCCGUGCCCCUUGAAUAAGAAACACGAGGCCCCAACAGAAGAUAAGGGUGCAGGAGAACAUCAUCGGAGGCUUCUAUGGAAUGAGCAUAGAAUCUUAGCAGCAGAUAGUCUCUCAAAAGAGUGCAAGCCUAUUCGCGGGUGGAAAGAAUGGGAGCGUGACAUAAUUGAUUAUGACUAUGCAGUCUCCAAUGACCCUGCAAGAUUCAGGCUUACAAAGGAGACAUCUUUCGUGAAAGGGCACACCAGUUUCUGGACCACAACACCAGUCCUUUUUUAUGUUGUAUGCUUUUUUCGGCAAUUCUUUCGAUCUGUUCGUAAAUCUGACUACUUGACAAUGCGCCAUGGAUUUAUCUCCGUUCAUUUAGCACCUGGAAGUAAGUUUGACUUUCAGAAAUAUAUUAAGAGGUCAUUAGAAGACGACUUCAAGGUAACCUUAGCAGUUGGAACGAAGCUCCAAGCAAUUAUAACACAGAUGGCUGUUGAAAUCCAAGAACGACAUGCUGUAGUCCAAGGCAUCCCCCUUGUGCAAGUCUCUGACAGAAAUUUUUGGUUUGGCUGGCCUAAGUUGAUUAUUUAUCUCAUCCAUCUCACCCUCUUUCAGAAAUAUAUUAAGAGGUCAUUAGAAGACGACUUCAAGGUAGUUGUGGGAAUCAGUCCAGUGUUAUGGACUUCUGCAGUAAUAUAUCUGCUUAUUAAUGUUAACGGAUGGCAGGCUUUGUUUUGGCUGUCCAUAUUGCCUCUAAUGGUAACCUUAGCAGUUGGAACGAAGCUCCAAGCAAUUAUAACACAGAUGGCUGUUGAAAUCCAAGAACGACAUGCUGUAGUCCAAGGCAUCCCCCUUGUGCAAGUCUCUGACAGAAAUUUUUGGUUUGGCUGGCCUAAGUUGAUUAUUUAUCUCAUCCAUCUCACCCUCUUUCAGAAUGCAUUCGAGAUAACAUAUUUCUUUUGGAUAACGUACGAGUUCGGGUUAUAUUCUUGCUUUCAUGAGAAUUUCACUCUUGCAGUGGUAAGAGUUGCUCUUGGGAUAGGAGCACAAUUUUUAUGCAGCUACAUCACACUUCCACUCUAUGCCCUCGUUACACAGAUGGGAUCAACCAUGAAGCAGUCUAUUUUUGACGAACAAACUUCCAAGGCAUUGAAGAACUGGAAAAAGAGUGCCAUGAAGAAGAAGAAUGACGGAAGGCCAGCAUCAGCUCCCACUCGGACUUUAGGCGGGAGCCCAAGUGGAUCAGCAGAGAGUUCCCCAACACGUCCUAAUCCCCAUAUGAGUAAUGCUGCUACACAUACAGCCAACAUCAUUGCCAGUGUGGAUAUUCCAGCAGAGCACCCUUCCCCUGAUUACAAUGGUUUGCAGUCUAGUAACCGUGACCUCCUAACAGGUCCAUGAUUCUGGCAAUAAGGUGGUAAAUAGAGGGUAAAUGUUGACAGUGUGGUUGUUUAUUCUGUACCAUACUUCAUGUUAUGUAUGUAUAAUGCACAGGGGGGGUUUGAAACGAGUAUUAGUUUUGUUUCGUCUAACUUUUGAAUUUGGUCUAUCUGGAACAAUGUACUGGUGCAGUGAAUCGGCUACAAACCCUUUG